AUGUCUUCCUCUUUUUGCUGCAGUGUCUACGAGCCGGAUAGAAACGUGCUGCGAAGGAAAGAAUGGGAAAGGAGAAAUCAGGAGGCCCAGCAGGAGGAUGGCGCGUUUAACACGAGUUACUCCCUCUUCAGUGAACCGUACAAGACUAACAAGGGGGACGAGCUCUCGAAUCGCAUCCAGAAUACGUUAGGCAACUAUGAUGAAAUGAAAGACUUGUUAACUGACCGAUCAAACCAGAGCCACCUUGUUGGGGUUCCAAAACCUGGGGUUCCUCAGACGUCUCUCCCCAAGCCCGAUGAACAUCUUAUUGCAGACUCAAGACCACCGCCUCCUCCUCCCAUUUCCAGCACUACUUCUUCCACACCAGCAGCCCUACCUGCCCAGCAGAGCAAAAGCACCACAAUGGGUUGGCAGAAGGCUGGGCGCAAUGCCGCUUCGGAUGGCCAGCAGAGAGUGAGCAAGCAUGGCUCACUGAGGGCCACGCUAGGAGACAACGUCACCAGAGUGCAGCAGCCGGCAAAGCUCAAUUGUGGCUCAGAAGGAGGAGCUCAAGCGCAAGAGAGGCCAGCAAAGCAUGGUGGCGGGCAUUGUGUCCAAAACUUCCCACCCUCUCUUGCUUCAAAGCCCAGUCUGGUNCAGCAGAAAACAACAGCUUAUGUAAGGCCAAUGGAUGGUCAAGACCAGGCUCCUGAUGAGUCUCCAAAGCUGAAGUUACCAGCAGAGACGACCAAGUCAUAUAGGGGAGUGCCUUCAAACAAGCCUGAUUCGUCCAGGACCAAGUCAAAGAUAGCCAAGUUUAGCAUUCCUAAGCAAGAAGAGGAUUCCAGAGCUGGACGCAAUAACAGCUGCAUUGAAGAAAUAUUGCGGGAGAUGACCCAUUCAUGGCCUCCGCCACUGUCAGCUAUUCACACACCAGGAAAGGCAGAACAAAGCAAGUUUCCCUUCCCAAACAAGGAGCCACAACAGGGAUCUACAGGACACAGCAAUACAAGCAAAAGUGAUGUAGAGCCAAAGGGUCCAGAGAAAAGCGCAACCCAUACAUCGAUGCUAGAAGAUGACCUCAAGUUAAGCAGCGACGAAGAAGAGACUGACCAGCAGGCAGCACAGAGAUCUGCUCUCCGCGUUCUAUCUGACAGCCUGGUGGUGCCGCAGUCCAACGCCCGAGCCUCGGGACUCUCCAGCAAGGGGUCAAGCAGCAGCAGCUCCAGUGAAUCCGAGACCAGCUCAGAGUCUGACUCAGAGAGCGAAAGCAGCUCCAGCGAGAGUGACGGCAGCAAGCCCUCGCAUUACUCCAGCCCAGAGCCUGAGCCACCCUCGUCCAACAAGUGGCAGCUGGACAAGUGGCUGAAUAAAGUCACCCCGCACAAAGCACCCAUCCUGACCCACCAUGACGGCCCGGCGCUGGAGGCCCAUCCCUACUACGGCCGCGUGAAGGCAGACCGGCAGGAAAGCGAGAAGACCCCGGCCGCCGGCCCAGCCGAGCACCGCAGUGGGGAGGGCCGCGCCACCACCACCGCUGCCACAGCCAUUGGGGACGGACCACGGCCCAGGACUGCAAACAAAGCGCCGGGCAGCAAGGGCAGCCGGCAAAAGUCACCUCCCGCUGCUGACGGCGGGCCUCCGAGGCGGGCAGCAGGGAAGAAGGCACCGCGGCGGGCCGAGAGGACCUCUGCCGGGGACGGCCCCCACUGCCCCGAAGCCCCGGGGGGCGGGGCCCGGGGGCCCCGCCCGGGCGGCAGCAGCAGCGGCAGUGGCUGCAGAGCAGGGCACCGCCGGGAGCCCCGCUCAGCUGCAGCCGGUGAGAAGCGUCGGGCCCGGGGGCCGAGCAAAACGGCACCCAAAUCCAAGGAGUUCAUUGAGACCGAGUCUUCGUCUUCGUCAUCCUCCUCCGACUCGGGCUCUGAGUCGGAGCGGGAGGAGCGCCCACUGCCCAAGGUGCCGGCCGCGGCCGGGGCCGGGGCCGAGCCGCGCGCCAAGGACACGGGGACCGGUGCUGCCAGCAAACCCCACGGCGGCUGCAGUGCCUUUGGCUCCAUUAAUGCCAGGACUAGUAGUGAAAUAGCAAAGGAGCUGGAGGAACAGUUUUACACCCUGGUUCCUUUCGGUAGGAAUGAGCUCCUGUCUCCUCUGAAAGACAGUGAUGAGGUAAAGUCACUGUGGGUCAACAUUGACUUGGCUCUUUUGUCCAGGAUUCCAGAGCGUUUGCCCGAAGAGCCGCUGGCCAUGAGCGCCGGAGCAAACCAGGCGGCCAGCCUCCCGCAGGGUAGUAGUGCUGACCCCCCCGCAGAGAAGGGUUUACCGAAAUCUAGAAGGAAACGCAAGUGUGAGAAUGAGGAAGAGUGCAGAGACAUCAAGAAGACUCAUUUAGAGAGAGAGGGUUCUUCACGAUUAGCUGCCUCUGCCCACAGCAUCACAACAGCAAAUCACUGCAAUAUGAAUGAAAAUAGCUUGGCAAUACCAAUAAAUAAAAAUGAGAAAAUGCUUCGGUCACCCGUCUCUCCCCUCUCUGAUGCAUCAAAACACAAAUACUCCAACGAUGAUUUAACUUCCUCCAGCAGACCUAAUGGCAGCAGUCUAUUACCUUCCAUCUCCUCCAGCAAAAAACAUAAGGGUGAAAUCCAGUCACAGCCACAUCCCGGAGACUUCAAUAAAGCAAUUCACAUCAAUUCAGAAAAUGUUCUUCUCUGCAAUAAGCCCCAGUCCCAAACAGAGCCUUGGUCACCUCUGUCCAGCACACCCAGGGACUGCAGAAGGACAAAGCUUAUCUUCGAUGAUAUGCCACGCAAUGCAGAUUACUUUAUGCAGGAAGCUAAACGGAAGAAGCAUAAAGCAGAUGCAAUGGUGGAAAAGUUUGGAAAGGCACUGAAUUAUGCAGAAGCAGCACUAUCGUUUAUUGAGUGUGGAAAUGCAAUGGAACAAGGCCCAAUGGAAUCUAAAUCCCCUUAUACAAUGUAUUCAGAAACAGUUGAACUCAUCAGGUAUGCAGUGAGACUAAAAACCCACUCAGGCCCCAACGCCACGCCAGAAGACAAACAGCUGGCAGCAUUAUGUUACCGCUGCCUGGCCCUUCUGUACUGGAGGAUGUUUCGACUCAAGAGAGACCACGCGGUCAAGUAUUCGAAAGCGCUUGUGGAGUAUUUCAAGAAUUCAUCAAAAGCUGCCCAGAACCCAUCUCCUUGGGGUGCCAGUGGAAAGAGCACAGGAACUCCAUCACCCAUGUCCCCUAGCCCUUCUCCAGUCAGCUCUGUAGGAUCCCAGGGGAGCACAGGGGCCCCUUCCCCGUCUCCUAUCAUCAGCAUCCCGCAGCGCAUUCAUCAGAUGGCCGCCAACCACGUCAGCAUCACCAACAGCAUCCUGCACAGCUAUGACUACUGGGAGAUGGCUGACAACCUGGCUAAGGAGAACAGAGAUUUUUUUAACGACUUGGAUGCAUUGAUGGGACCUAUCACCUUGCACAGCAGUAUGGAGCAUUUAGUUCAGUACACUCAACAAGGACUUCACUGGGUGCGGAAUAGCGCUCACUUGUCAUAAUGACUGUGUGCCAUUCACAUGGACAGUAUACCUUUCAUGGAUAAUUCAGUUAUUCUGGACACUGUGCUACAGAAAUAGUCAACCACAGCAUUGAUCCAAACAAAGGUGAAUAUUUCUUCAAUAUUGAGCAAAAUUUUUCUGAGUGUAGACAUGUGUGUGUGCAUAUGUACAAUAUACAAUGAUGUCUCUUCAGAAUGAAUUGUUCUGUACCACUCUCCAAACAUUUUCAUACACUAGAAAUACUGGAAAGAACUGAUCUUAAUGCACAAAACAUACCCUUUCUAUUCUUGUGCUGAAAAACUCAGAAACCAAAAUCUUAUGGGUUGAUUGAACCAAGUGCAAUAAGCACAGAUCCCUAUUCAGGAAAGCUCUCAAUAGGUUGUUAACUUUAAGCUUGUACUGAAAUCCUCUUGACUUCAGCAGAGUUUAAGCACAUACACAAGGGCUUUCCUGAACUGGAAUGAACGGGGGCAAAUCGUAGACAUGGAGAACUUUUACUGUGAACAUGGACACAUCACAGAAGUUUCAAUAUUAAUGUGCCAUCUCCCUGUUACUUCCCCACUGGGGCACACAGAGGAGUUGUGUAGUCCGCAUUAAGUUGG